GUACAGUUGUCACAUCAUCUAUUCUUCCUGUCGUGACACUUCAGCUUUCAAAGGUCGUUAGUAUGUGCUUUAACGUCACAAGACAGCACUCCACGUUAGGGAUACGUCUAACAGUACAGCCUACUUAACCUAAGAAGCCGGUGUAGUUUAAAAGUUCACAUUGUUCGGUAGCUGAAGACAGGUUAGCCACACGACAGACAACUGCUAGUUAAACUGUUUUGAGCUCUUCGCUCACUAAGUGGAAAUGGAGAAAGCCAAACAAGAUGCAUUUGAUAAUGCCAGACUUGAAGUGAUCAAAGAUGGUUAUGUAAGAGGUUUUGAGUGCAUUAACAAAGGACUCACAGCAGAUGAAGCUGGGCACAAGACACGGGCCCUGGAGCUUUACAGGCAAGGCCGAAAGCACCUCCUCCGGGCCAUCAGUGUGCCUUCACAGGGAAUGGAGUGUGCUGGGAGCUCCUGGGAAUCAGCCAGACAGAUGCAGCAGAAGAUGGAGGAGACGUUGAAUAACAUCACCACCCGCCUUGCCAUAUUAGAGACUUCAGACAUUGAAACAGCACCUGCACAGAGUUCUAGCAGUGUGCCUGAUCAUGGUGUUGCAGAUAUCUCUGCAGAAGGUCUUUAUCCAAAGCUUCUUGCCAAGGAAAAGCCACAAAGGCCAGCUCCACCUAAUUUACCUGCUGGUAAUUGCCAGCUAGCUGGAGCCGUAGGUGGCAUGGCUGCUAACUACCAGCCUGUGGUUCCAGUUGAACAUCCCCCAGCUUACUCACCUCAGGCAGCUGAUGGGCACCUGUCUAUCUCUUAUGGAACAGAUUCAGGGGAAAUGUCAUUGGUUGGGGAUGAGUUCUACAGCCGUACAUCUAACUCACCCCCAUCUCCCCAAAGUAUGGGUGAAGAGGGACAAGAGCUGCUCUACAUUCCUCAUGGUGUUCAGAUAUUCUUUGUCACACCUGAGGGACAAGUGAGCGCUCCAUCGUACCCAGGCUACCUGCGGCUGGUGAAGUUUACCAGUGAUCACUGUGAAAGGGAAUCUAAUAGACCACCAGCAUUUUUGCAGGUGUGUGACUGGAUUUACCCGCUCAUGUCCAUGCAAUCUCCAGUAUUGCUUUGCAACACUGGUGUGUUUAUGUUUCCGGACAUGAUGGCACCAGCUCCAGGCUAUUAUGUGGGGGUGGUGUUGUCGUCUGAGCUUCCCACUGCAGAAAGAGAGCUUUUUCAGGCCCUGUUGUGUCAAAUGACAGAUCUCAGGGUUCAGGCUCCAGAUGAAGCUGCAGACACCAUUAAUCUCAGCCAAAAGGUGCCUAUUGCUACUCCUGAGGAGACAGCACCAGCUGAAACGGAGGAGGAGAAAAAUCUGCCCGAAUGGAGUGAAAAAGUGGCCAGUGGGAUCUUGUCAGGUGCAUCCUGGUUAAGCUGGGGUCUGGUGAAAGGGGCUGAGUACACCGGCAAGGCCAUUCACAUGGGUGCAUCUAAACUCAGAGAACACAUCACUCCAGAGGACAAGCCCACCCAAGUCAGCCCCACAGUUUCUAAAAGCCUCUAUGUAGCCAAGCAAGCAACAGGGGGAGCUGUCAAAGUCAGCCAGUUUCUAGUGGACGGGGUGUGUACUGUCGCUGGCUGCGUAGGCCGAGAGUUGGCACCUCAUGUGAAAAAACACGGAGGCAAGCUGAUCCCAGAGUCCAUGAAGAAGGACAAAGAUGGGCGAUCGAACAUAGAUGGAGCAAUGGUGGUGGCUGCCAGUGGAGUGCAAGGAUUUGCAACCAUGUGGACGGGGUUGGAAGCAGCUGCAAAGGACAUCACGACGAGUGUAGCAAGUGAGACAGUCACCACCAUAAAACACAAAUUUAGGGGUCUACAACACAUCUUUGACACACCUAAUGACACACCUAAUGAGAAAAAGUGUAAUUUUUCAUGAUUAUACACCUCUCUUAAACCUAUCAUACAACUAAUCACAGAAGUAGCAUAUACCCGUUUUGUGCAGUGAUUUUGCUUUUGCACAAAUUGCUCUGUGUCUCCUAUGCUGCAUAAGUUCAUGUCCCUCCUUUUUAUACUAAUCCACACCUGGGUGUCACCUUCACAGAUUUCUAAUAAUACGUAACGGAAAUCUCACAGUUCAGUGUUACUGUCCUGCCUGCCCCAAUCAUCUCAUAAAUAGUUUGAAUUCAUGUUGGGUGUUGCAGUAACAAUGAAAUAUAUACAUAGUUUGCUGAUUUCUAUUAUAGAUUAUCAUGGAAUGAUAGGAAUUUGCCAUGAGAUCUUUUUAUAUUUGGUUGUAUUUGGCAAUUUAAAGAAGAAAAAAAGCUGGACCUCAAUAUGGAUUUAAAGUGGUUUUGCAUUUAUAUGAAUAGAGGUGUUUUUUUUUUUUUUUAGUAGGCAAAUUGCCUGAUGGGCUGUUGAAUUGUUAAUGUGGUUCUUAAUUUAUUUUCUCUGUGAAAAUCAGGUUGUGGCAGACAGGCAUGUCUUUAUUCCAGAUUGUGCACUUGCAUGGGAAUAAAUUUAGCAUGACUUCUUUGUAAUCCCUGGACUGCCUGUUAAUUGAUUCUCCCACUCCUUGCUCUGACCUCUAACCCAAUCUGACUCUGAUGAAGGUACGGGGCAGCAGCAGGACAAGCCACGGACCAUGCUGUCAAUUCUGCCAUUAAUGUCGGUAUCACUGCCUUCAAUAUUGAUAACCUGGGGAUCAAAGCUGUGGUUAAAAGGACUGGAAGGCACACAGCGCAGGCCAUUUUGG